AUGAAAAAUAAUUUAAUACGUCAAUCGUCUCAAAUUGUUUUUCUUCGAAAAUCUCCUCAACAUGCUACACUUAUACGAACAUAUUCAUUGCCCGUCUCAUUUUAUGCUAGGAAUAAAAGCAGUAUGCGUCGUCGACAAGCUAAAGAUCCAACAUCUACUGAUGAUCAACAAAUAUGUACGAAAGAAAGUUGUUUAAAAUGUUGCAAAAAAUUUACAGCAUUUAUGUUUUCACGUGUUGGUUUAUUUUUUGUUAUGAUUGGUUAUGUUGCAUUAGGUGGUAUAUUAUUUCAAGCACUUGAAGCUGGAAAUGAACAUAAUAUGCGUCAUAUUAUGGAUCUUGAACUUAAUAAAACACUUGAUAAAUUAUGGCAAGAAACAUUACGUGUUAAUCCAUUUCCUGAAAAAGAUAAAAAAGGAAAUUUUAGUUUAAAUGCAACAGGUGAACUUGAACAAUUUGAAGCAACAGUUAAACGACAAGUAGAAAAAGGUUUUGAUGGACGAACAACUAAUUCUGAACAUGAUUGGAAUUUUUUUGGUGCUGUUCUUUAUGCUGUUACACUUGUAUCAACAAUUGGUUAUGGUCACAUAACAACGAAGACAACUCAAGGAAAAAUAGCUACUAUACUUUAUAGUGCAUUUGGUGUACCGUUAAUGAUGCUUUUCGUUGCUAAUAUUGGUUCAACUAUGGCAAAAUUGUUUGCAUUUGUAUUUAGUCGUAUAACAAUGAUAUUUUGUUGUCGAAUGAGUAAUAAAAAAAAACGUACAUUAGCAUUAAAAAAUCGACAAAAAUUAUUUGAAAAAAAUAAUCAAUCUAUUGUUGUUAUUGAUGAAAAAUUACCAAUAUCAAAAUUAAAUGAAGAAAUUAAAGAUAAUAUGAUAAUAACAAAAUCAAAUUUAAAAUCAAUUAAACAAGAAAAUCAUAAAGAUUCAAAUUUAUCUAAAGAAAUAAAUUCUUUAAAAUCUGAAUCUAUAACAAAUAUGAAUUGUUCAAAUGAUAUACGACAAUUACCAGCUAAUAUACGUUUAAAUAUUCUUACUGGAAUUCCAAAUUCAAAUACAUCACGUUCUUCAACAUCAUCAAUGAAUUCAAUUGGAGAAAAAUCAAAAGAUGCUAUUAUUCGUAUUAAUGAACUUAUUCGACAAAGUUCUCUUCAAGAUAUUGAAGAAACUAAUCAUAAUAACGAAGGACAACGACGACAAUCUAUUGAUAUUAGUCCAAUUCAAUAUUAUAUUAAUGAAACAAAUAAAUUAACAAGUAAUCUUGAUGAAUCUAUUCAUGAUAAACCAAUUAUGCCUAUAGAACAAGACAAAACAACGAUAGCAAAUCAAGAUGAAAAUAAUAUGAAACAAGUUGUCCUACCAGAAGAUACUGCGAACAUUGUUAAUAAUGAAAAAACUAAAGAAUCAAAAAAAGCUUCGAAAAAAAUUUUAAAACGUUCAAAAUCUGAAUCAUCACAUGAUCGUCGAUCAGUGAAAAAAUCGACUACUGAUACAACAACAAAACCUCCACGUCGACGUUUAUUUUCACGUAAAAAUCAGAAAUUAAAAAAACAGAUAUCUAUAGAAGAUGACAAUAGUCAAAAUUCAUUACAACAACAACAACAACAAAUAAAUGAUAAUGAAAUUCAUCAAAUAGAUAAUAAAUUACCACGUCGAUCAAAAAGUUUUCAUGAACGUUCUUCUCGAACAUUACCACCACCACCUGAUUAUGAACAAUCAACAACAAAUGAUAUAACACCAUUACAAACAACAAUAACAUGGAAAAAUGAACAUCAAUUUUAUCCAAUGAAUACAACAUUAGAUUUAACAAAUCUUGAUAUGAAUGAUGAUGAUGAUUAUGAUGAUGAUGAUGAUGAAGAAAUGAGUGUUCCUUUACUUGUUACUGUUUUUGUCAUUCCACUUUAUUUAACACUUGGAGCAAUUCUUUUUAGUAUAUGGGAACGAUGGAGUUUUCUUAAUGCAUUUUAUUUUUGUUUUAUUACAUUAACGACAAUUGGUUUUGGUGAUUUUGUACCGGGAUCAUCAUUAAAAGUUGAAGCUGAAAAAGAAAAACUUAUUUCGGCAGCUGUAUAUAUUUUAUUUGGCCUUGUACUUAUUGCAAUGUGUGUUAAUUUAAUGAAAGAACAAUUAAGACAAAAAGUUAAAAGAGUUGCUAGCAAAUUGGGCAAAUUUUGA